CCUGCACUGGCUCCACCCAAUCAGCUUCCUGGUUCUGACUUUUCAGAGGGUGCACACAAUUUCCUCUCACAGUUCGAGCAAAAGCACUGGCUCAAGCAGCUUCUUCGGCGAAAGCCUGACAACUCAUCAACUCAUUCAAAAUAAGGUUUUGUGGGUACCUGAGCCCCCCUGAGAGAAGCAUGGCUGACUCCAAGGACAGCGCGCUGCGGAUCGUGCUGGUGGGGAAGACGGGGAGUGGGAAAAGCGCGACAGCCAACACCAUCUUAGGGGAAAAACGAUUCGAAUCUAAGAUUUCUCCCCAUGCCGUCACCAAGACCUGUCAGCAAGCCUCCCGGAAGUGGAAGGGGAGAGAGCUUCUUGUCGUCGACACCCCUGGGCUCUUUGACACGGAGGAGAAGCUGGACAGCACCUGCAGGGAGAUCAGCAGGUGCAUCUUUUACUCCUGCCCCGGGCCUCAUGCCAUCGUCUUGGUCCUGCAGCUGAACCGCCACACGGAUGAAGAGCAGAAAACCGUGAAGCUGAUCAAGGCUGUGUUUGGGGAAACAGCCCUGAAGCACAUGAUGCUCUUGUUCACACGCAAAGACGACCUGGAGGACAGCAGCCUGAGCGACUUCGUCGGGGAUGCGGAUGCAAACCUUCAAAGCAUCAUCAGGGAGUGUGGAAACCGCUACUGCGCCUUCAGUAACUGCAGCAGAACAGACCAGGCUGAGAAGGAAGCCCAGGUGCAGGAGCUGGUGGAGCUGAUCGAGCAGAUGGUGCAGGACAACAACGGGGCUUACUACACCGACAGCAUCUAUAAGGACGUAGAGGAAAGGCUGAGAAAACACAAGGAAGCCUUGAAAAUUCUCAAUGAAGAGUUACAAAUGGAAUGUGAAAAUAUAGAAAAGAAAUAUGCCCAUGAACCGCUGCCAGAAAAAGAGCAGGAAAAAGAAGUGGUGCGGAGGAGGCACAAUGAACGCGUAAGAACUGUAACGGAAGAAGCUGAGAAGAGUAUCCUUGAGGCUGUUUUCAGUAAGAUUAAGAAUCUGCUUUAUGUGUGGAAAACAUUUUGGGAAUGAUGUACAUUGCACUGUUUCUUAAUUCACUAGAACUUGUCCAUAUGGUAGUUUGAGUUUCCCAAAGAUGGCGAAAACUCUAUCUUCUUUCUGACUUAGUCUUACAACUGUUACUCCUGUCAUUGAGUCAUGGGUCUGCGUCCCUCACCUUGAAAUUGGGUGGACUUUGUGUCCUCUUUGAGAAAGAGGGGCUGGUUGAAGGGAUACCAUUUGACGUCUAAGGUUAGGUAGGGAAAAUGCCUCCUUGCUCUCUACGGAUGCUGGCCCUGGACAUUUGGCCACCAUACGGUGAGGACGUCCAAACUGCCCAUCAGGAGGCCCACCGGAAGAAGACUGGAAGUCACCGGCCCACAACUCUGGCUACUGUUGCAUCUGCCAGCCAGAACCAACUUACCAGCCAUGCCAGUCAGGCAGCAUGGAAGUGAAUGCUCCAGCUGCCAGGUGACAGAGUGGCCAAGAGCAAAGAUGAGGCAUCCUUACCAAGUCCUGCCCAAAGUGCAGAUUACAUGAGAAAAAUAAAUGAUUGUUGCUGUUUUAAACCAUUUGGAUUUUUGUUAUGCUGUGCUGGCUAAGCAGAAGUAACUAUCUUCCCAGCUCAUUUCCCACAACCCUCUGCUCCCUCCUGUCCUUCCACACAAUGCCACGGAAUUUGAGAGUUUAUGAAAUUGACAUAAGAGGGCAAUGAUCUCUUAUAUAGCAUUCAAAGACUCAAUUUAGAAAAAUAAAUAAAAUAAAAUUCAAAUAAAUCCUGCAUACAUUAACGG